CUUUGCAUAAAUUUCUUAAUAACCUAUUGAUAAUUAAUUAGAACGGUAAAUGAAAUCUGCUGCCGUACGGACCCGAAGGCAGCAGCCAUAUCCUAAAGCAUAUUCUCUUCGUUUCACCUUCUAAAUCGGUGCAUCGUCCGCCGUGAUCGGACUCCGUUCAGUGUUAUUUACUGGCGACAAUGGAUUUAGAUGGCGGCGCCGGCAAUAAUAAGCGUGUCUUCAACCGGCAUGGAACAGACUCUUCUAAAAACCAGAAAGUUUGUUUCCAUUGGCGGGCCGGUAAGUGUACCCGUUUUCCUUGCUCUUUCUUGCACAGCGAACCGUCUCAUCCUUCGGGCUCCGCCGCCGCCGCCUCCUCCUCCUCCACCGCUAACGGAUCGGGUGCUCCCAAACGCUUCGCUGAUGAUUCCAGAUUCUCGGGUUCGGUUCAACGACGAGGCCCGAACUUCAAAAAUAAUCAUAAUAAUAGUUGGGGGAGAAUGGGAGCUAAUAAUAAGGUGGUUAGAAAAACAGAGGAAGUAUGUAAUUAUUGGGUGCAAGGGAACUGUACUUUCGGAGACAAGUGUAGGUUUUUACAUUCAUGGAGUUUAGGUGAAGGUUUUAGCAUGUUGAAUCACCUUGAUGGGCACCAGAAACUUCUCAGUGGAAUUGUGUUGCCAGCAGGUAUGGAUAAGCUUUUUACAGGGAGUAAAGAUGAGACGUUGAGGGCUUGGGAUGCCAACUCUGGUCAGUGUACGGGUGUGAUUAAUCUUGGUGGUGAAGUGGGUUGCAUGAUCAGUGAAGGCCUUUGGUUGUUUGUUGGCAUACCAAACGCUGUCAAGGCAUGGAACACACAAACUAACCAAGAGUUCAGUCUUAGUGGACCUGCUGGGCAAGUUUAUGCUAUGAUUGUCGGGAAUGGUUUGCUCUUCGCUGGUUCACAGGAAGGUAUAUUGGCUUGGAAAUUUAAUGCCGUCACCAAUAGCUUUGAACCGGCAGCAUCACUCAAAGGUCAUACCCUUCCUGUUGUAUCAUUAAUGGUUGGAGCUAACAGACUAUAUUCAGGUUCCAUGGACCAUUCUAUAAAGGUCUGGAGUUUGGAAACUUUGCAAUGUCUACAGACUCUAACAGAGCAUACUAAUGUUGUUAUGUCCUUGCUUUGCUGGGAUCAGUUUCUUCUAUCUUGUUCAUUGGACCAAACAAUAAAAGUAUGGGUGGCUUCUGAGAAUGGAAACCUGGAAGUAACAUACACUCACAACGAAGAACAUGGCCUGCUUAAUCUUCGUGGGAUGCACGACUUAGAAUCCAAGCCGGUCUUGUUGUGUGCAUGCAAUGACAAUUAUGUCCGGCUUUAUGAUCUGCCGUCGUUCUCCGAGAGGGGUAAAAUUUUUGCUAAGCAGGAGAUUCGAGCCAUCGAAGUAGGGCCUAGUGGCCUCUUUUUCACUGGCGACGGAACUGGUUUUAAAGUGUGGAAAUGGGCGGAGCCAGUUGCUACAACUUGAUUGCCUUGCACCAUUUCAUAACACAUUCAUCCUCCUGCAAUUUUUUGGUGUUAAUUAUUUUAUAUUUUUUCAUCCUUUCAGGUAAGUCUUUCAUGGUGAAAACAAUUUUGGGUUCCACCUUUUAUAGCAUAAUAGAACAUUUAAGAGUAAUUGUAUGAACUAGUUGCCCUAAUUUCACCAAAUGCUUGAAUAAGAAUACGCAUCAAAGUUCAAAA